UUCUCUCUCUCUCUCUCUCUCUAGCCAUGGCUACUAAGCCUUUGCUUCUCUCCUUUGCAUUUUGCUUUCUCUUGGCCUUCCACGGCUGCCUCGCCAGCCAGCGGUACCGGACCACCCAGGAGCAAGGGGAGUGCCAGAUCGACCGCCUUGAUGCCCUCGAGCCCACAAACCGCAUCCAGUGCGAGGCUGGCUUGGUCGAGUCGUGGGACCAAAACCACGACAUGUUCCGGUGCACUGGGGUCGCCAUGGUCCGGCACACCAUUGAGCCCAACGGUCUCCUCUUGCCUUCCUUCACCAAUUCACCUCAACUCAUCUACAUUGUUGAAGGUGAGGGUAUUCAGGGGGCUGUGAUCCCCGGUUGCCCCGAGACAUUCCAAUCAUCUCAGCAAUCACAGUUCGGGCGGCAGUUUGGACAGGGAGGACAGAUGAGAGGAGGCGAAGGCCGGCGGUUCCCAGAUGAGCACCAGAAGAUCCGCCGCUUCCGACAGGGCGACAUCAUUGCGUUGCCCACUGGAGUGGCCCACUGGGUGUACAACGACGGCAAUCGGCCCAUCAUCGCCGUCAUCCUCCUCGACGUUACCAAUAGUGAGAACCAGCUCGAUCUCAACCCAAGAAGAUUCUUCCUCGCUGGCAACCCGCAAAACGAGCACGAGCAAGGGGGCCAGCGAUGGCAGGGACGGCAGGGCAGCAGCCAACGACAGCGCCGAUUCCAGCCCUUUGGCCGCGGUGAGGAGGGCCAGCAAGGGGGUCAAUGCAAAAAUAUCUUCUGCGGCUUUGACGCACGCCUCCUGGCUGAGGCAUUCAACGUGGAUCUGGAGACAGUAAGGAGGCUGCAGAACGAGAACGACAACAGGAACAACAUCGUGAGGGUCGAGGGCGGCCUUCAGGUUGUGAGGCCCCCGAGGGAACUCGGCGGCCGCAGGUGGGAAGAGGAGCGCGAGGGGGAGAGGGAGGGGUACGGUGGCAGAGGACGACGCGGCAGGUAUGACAUGAACGGAUUGGAGGAAACGCUCUGCACCAUGAGGCUCCGGGAAAACAUCGGCAACCCGUCGCGCGCCGACGUGUACACGCAACAAGCCGGCCACAUUAGCACACUCAACAGCAACAACCUGCCCAUCCUGUACUGGCUCCAACUCAGUGCCGAGAGAGGCCGUCUACAUAGGGAUGCAAUUAUGGUGCCACACUACAACCUCAACUGCCACAGCGUGGUCUACGCGAUCCGCGGCAGCGCGCGCAUCCAGGUGGUGAACGACGAAGGCCAGACCGUGUUUGAUGAGGAGCUCCGCGAGGGGCAGCUCGUGGUGGUGCCGCAGAACUUUGCAGUGGUGAAGAGGGCGGAGAACGAGGAGUUCGAGUGGGUGUCCUUCAAGACCAACGACAACGCCAUGGUCAGCCCGCUCGCGGGCCGGACCUCGGUGCUACGGGCAUUGCCGGACGAGGUCGUCGCCAACGCUUACCGGGUGUCGAGGGACGAUGCCAAGAGGCUCAAGUACAACCGGAGGGAGACCACGGUGUUUACCUCCAGGAGGGGUGGCGGUUCUUUCUCCGAGAGGAGGGCUGAAGCUUAAGCGCCAAAGUUGCAGGAUGAAUUGCAUGUGGCGCUUUUUGUGGGGAAGCUAAAGUCUUUGGAGAGACCUCUCUUAAUUAUGUUAUUAUGUGCUAAGAAGAGUAAGAAGAGGACCAUAAUAAUGAGUAGUAUGUAGUAGUUGGACGUGUAAGUUGUGGCACGAGGAAUAAAGAUCCAAAAGUCUUGUGCAU